CCUGGGGAGUGAGCCAUUGGAAGAUUUAAAUAGCCCAGGCCCGAGGCAGCGGCAGCGGCUGUGGACUCGUCCGCCUCUGGUGGGCUCGAUUGGCUGCCUCGCUGGCACUGACGUCCCCCGGAGGCUGGUGGCGACCGGAGGUAAACAGCCAUGUGCCGUCCUCCACGCUAACGGCCGCUGCGGAGCGGGCAGGGAGGCAGGCAGCGUGGCGGCUCUGCGGGCAGCUCCUGUCCUGGGGAGGAGGCCCUUGCCGCCAGGCUGGCGCCAGCCCUCACAGUGCCAGCGUCGCCAUGCCAGCCUCCCAGAGCCGGGCCCGUGCCCGGGACCGCAGCAAUGUCCUCAACCGGGCCGAGUUCCUGUCCCUGAACCAGCCCCCCAAGGGGGCCCCGGAGUCCCGCAGCUCCAGCAGGAAGGCUUCGGGGCCCUCGGCGCAGCCCCCACCCCCUGGGGACGGGGCCCGCGAGCGGCGCCAGUCCCAGCAGCUGCCCGAGGAGGACUGCAUGCAGCUGAACCCCUCCUUCAAGGGCAUCGCCUUCAACUCCCUGCUGGCCAUUGACAUCUGCAUGUCCAAGCGGCUGGGGGUGUGCGCGGGCCGGGCCGCGUCGUGGGCCAGCGCCCGCUCCAUGGUCAAGCUCAUUGGCAUCACGGGCCACGGCAUCCCUUGGAUCGGGGGUACCCUCCUCUGCCUGGUGAAGAGCAGCACGCUGGCCGGCCAGGAGGUGCUCAUGAACCUGCUUCUGGCCCUGCUCCUGGACAUCGUGACGGUGGCCGGCGUGCAGAAGCUCAUCAAGAGGCGCGGCCCGUUCGAGACCAGCCCGGGGCUCCUGGACUACCUCACCAUGGACGUGUACGCCUUCCCCGCGGGCCACGCCAGCCGCGCGGCCAUGGUGUCCAAGUUCUUCCUCAGCCACCUGGUGCUGGCGGUGCCCCUGCGCGUCCUGCUGGUGCUCUGGGCCUUCUGCGUGGGCCUGUCCCGGGUCAUGAUCGGCCGGCACCACAUCACGGACGUCAUCUCGGGCUUCGUUAUCGGCUACUUCCAGUUCCGCCUGGUGGAGCUGGUCUGGAUGUCCUCCAACACUUGCCAGAUGCUCAUCUCGGCCUGGUGAACCGCCGGCCGGGCCUCGGGGCAGGGGCGGCCCCAGAGAGGUGGCAGCAGGCGGCGGGGCUGGUGGGGGAGGGGUGAACCUGCCACCCCAACUCCUCUUCCCCAUCUCGGCUGAGGCCGGCGACUUCAGGCAUGUCCGGUGGUGGCCCGGCUCCUUUGCUUGGACUCCGAGGCAGGCCAGGGCCCCGCAUGGGGACAGCCCCUGCUUAGCUUCUGCUCUGGAGGUAACAGGUGAGAACCAAGAUGGCUGAAGAGGGACUGAGUCUUGUCCUUUCUGUUCGUUGUCAUGACGGUCAAGUUCUUGGCCAUGCCCACCAUGCCACAGCACGACACCUGGCAAAAUACCCCCAAACUUCCACGCAGUGCAGAUGCCAGCGAUGGUUGUCGAGUGUGUAGGGCAGCACCUUCCGAAGGGUGCCCCCCACCCCCGACCCCGGACGCCAGCUCGCAAGACGCUGUGGAAAGAAAAAGGGCUUUGUGGUCAAAUAAAUUUGGGAAAUGCUGCAUACUCCGCCCAUGUUGGAUAUUCACAAGGGUGGUUGUUGUCGUAAAGGCUCUGACAAGUCCUGCAGAAAAGCUUCCUGUUGAACCUUGUGUAACCCCAUGUUUCCUGAGCUUAUUUGACCACAGAACCCUUUUCUUGUGGAACAGCUAUUAACCCCCAAGGAACUGCCGUUCCUCAAGCACAUUUUGGGAGAUGCUGCCCAGGAGCCGAAGGGCCUGAGGUGCAAGCCGGCCUCUCUCAGAACUCGGUGCCACAGCCUGUGGAAAGCCCACGCCCACGGGCAUCCGUGCCGCUUUGGCCCCCAGGGGCCGGACUCCAUGUGACCUAAUAGGUCGUUUCCAAGUCAACCGUUAUGGAUGUGCAUUUCAUGUGACAGUACAGAUGAUGUGCAAACGGA